AUGACUCCAACGGCUCUGGUGCGGUCUGGCAACGCGGAGGGCGAUGGGGGCGGCGAUGCGGCGGAGGGCGCCGGCCAAGGCGACUCGGAGGCCUGGGCGGUGGUGCGUGCGUCGGGGCGGCCGGCGUGCCUGCCUCCGGCUGCGUCCGCGGGCGCAGCUGCGUCCCCGGGCUGGUCGGGGAGCAAAUUCUGGGCGUUGGCUGAGGUAAGUGAUGGCGAGAUCUUGGAGGCGGAGGACGACGCGGGCGCUGAGAGGCGUGGUGGCGGCGUGCUGCCGUCGGUCGGACAGUUUGUGGCCCGGGCGGAGGAGCUAGGGGGUGUCAUGCCGAGCACCGCAUCUGGGCGUGGUGCCGGCGUCGAGGGCCUGUGCGUCGCAGGUGGCGGCGGGCGGAGUGGUGGCCUUGUCGUCGUCGGCGGUUGUUUCUUCCCCGUCUGCGCUGGUGCCUGCGCCGGCGUCGGCGGUGGCGCCCGGGGCGGUGGCGGAGGAGCUAGAGCCCUGGCCUAG